AUGGCUUCAAGUUCAUCAUCUUUCCCAAGUUCUUCUAUUUCUUCUACCAGCAAAUGGACGUAUGAUGUUUUCCUGAGUUUCAGUGGUGAGGACACUCGCAAUACUGCUACGGACUUUAUAUAUUAUGCAUUAGUAGAGAAGGGCAUUAACACUUUUAAGGACAAUCAAAAACUUGAGAAAGGAAAAACUAUUAAACCAAAACUCCUCAGAGCUAUCAAAGAAUCCAAAUUUGCCAUAGUCAUUCUCUCAGAAAAUUAUGCAUUUUCCACUUGGUGCUUAGAUGAACUUGUAGAGAUCAUUGACUGCGAGACAAAAAAGGAAAUAACAGUUUUCCCUAUUUUUUACAAUGUGGAUCCAUCUGAUGUGCGAAAACAAAUAGGAACUUUUUCACUUGUUAAACAUGAAAAACAUUUCAAGGAGAAGGUGGAAACAUGGAAAGCUGCUUUGAGUCAUGUGGCCGAUCUUGCCGGAUAUCAUGUAAAGAAUAGUCCUCUCUCUACAGCUAUCAAAAGCAUUGCGGGACUAAUAUCACGAAAAUUGUGUCGUGAAUUCUCAGAAGUUACUGAGGGCUUGAUUGGAAUAGAGUCUUCAUUGUUGGAAUUGGAGUCAUAUUUAGCUUUUUGGUUAAAGAAUGAAGUUCGCUUUAUAGGGAUUUGGGCGAUGGGGGGAAUGGGGAAGACAACCCUCGCCGAAGUUGCCUAUAAGAUGUAUUCUAAAGAAUUUGAAUUAGCUAGGAAGCGUGAUUGGUUUGGUCGGGGUAGUAGAAUUAUCAUAACAACAAGAGAUAAGCACUUGUUAGAGACACAUUUAAUAGAUCAAAUGUAUGAAGUUAAAGCAUUGAAAAAUGAAGAUGCUCUUCAUCUUUUUUGUUCAAAAGCUUUUAAAAACAAACUUGUCCCAGAUGAAUAUUUAAAACUGUCCAAAGGUUUUUUGAAUUAUGUUGCCGGUCAUCCUUUAGCUCUUAUAGUUUUGGGUUCAUUUUUGUAUAAAAGAAGUGCUGUUGAAUGGGAAAAUGAGUUUGAGAAGCUCAAAGAACAACCCAAGCUAGAUGUUAUCCGAGUACUAAAAAUAAGUUAUGAUGGACUUGAAAGGCAAGAUCAAGAAAUAUUCAAAGAUACUGCAUGCUUCCUUAAUCACGAGAAGGAAGAUUAUGUAGUACAAAUACUAAAAAAUCAUCUUGGCCGCUAUCUUGGAUUAUCCAAUCUCAUUGACAAAUCUCUCUUGAAAAUUUCUAAAAAUAAUGAAUUGUGGAUGCAUGAUUUAGUAGAAAAUAUGGGUAGGGACAUAGUUCGUCAAGAGUCCCUUGAGCCUGGGGAGCGCAGUAGACUGUGGCUUUAUAAGGAUAUUGAUCAUGUGUUGAAAAACAAUACGGGAACAAAAAACGUUAAAGCCAUGGAUAUAAAGGGAGCCAAGGAUACAAGUAUUUAUCAUGAAGAAAAAGACGCAUGUUGGAGGCCACAAGGGUUAGCUCCAUUGGUGACACUUCAGGGGUGGGUCCUAAACGCUCUAUCUUGGCAAGGGUUAGCUCUAUUGGUUACUCUUUGGGGAUGGGUACAAAGGACCUUAUCUUGGGAAGGUUUCACAUCAUCAAAAAAACCAGAAGGGCUACUUAGGGACCCUAACACCUUUUUGAAGAUGUAUAAUCUUAAAUUUCUGAGAAUUCAUAGUGUUUCGUUGCAACUUGACACUUCACAUUUACCUAAUGGUUUAAGCUAUUUGGAAUGCAAUGAUUAUCCUUUAAAAUCAUUGCAUUCUUUGCCAGCUGGGCUUGGAGAACUUCGUUUGCUGCGUAGCAAACUUAAACUACUUUGGGUAGGAAUGAAGAUUUUUGAAAAUUUAAAGUCCAUCAAUAUGGAUGGCUCCUUGGAGCUAAUUAUCAGCCCUGACUUCAAUGGAGUACCAAAUCUUGAGGAGUUAAUUCUUGCCCGAUGUUCAAAUUUACGCAGGCUUCAUCCAUCCAUUGGCAAACUGAAAAAGCUUAAACUUCUUGAUCUAAAAGGGUACCUAGAACUAACUAGUCUUCCAGAGAAGUUUGAAAUGGAAUCUCUUGUGACUCUUAAUCUUACUCAUUGUUUAAAAGUCAAGAAAAUUUCUGACACCAUUUGUAGCUUGACAUCGCUUAACAAUCUUUAUCUUUCUGGAUGCUCAAAAUUUGACAAAUUGCCAGAGGACUUGGGGAAUAUCGUAAGUCUAAAGAAGCUUCAUUUGAGUGGAACAACUAUAAAAGAGCUGCCUUCAUCAAUUGAAUGCUUGAUUGGCCUUACUUCAUUGCAUCUAAGAGAUUGCAAAAAAAUUGACAAAUUGCCAAAGGACUUGGGGAAUGUUGUAAGUCUAGAGAUGCUUGAUUUGAGUGGAACAGCUAUAACGGAGCUACCUUUGUCAAUCGAAUUUUUGAUUGGCCUUGGUAGAUUGCAUCUAGAUGGAUGCCCAAAAUUUGUCAACUUGCCAAAGAACUUAGGGAAUCUCAAACAUCUGAAUUGGCUUUGUUUGCAAGGAACAGCAAUAGCAGUUUUGACAUCAUCUAUUGAAUGUAUGGCUGCCCUUAAGUAA